AUGGCUAGUAAAGAGGUCACUACAUUUAUAGUCGAUUUAUCGCCUUCUAUGGCGAAUAAAUCGAAUGGUCGUAAUAUAAGUGAUUUAGAAUACGGAUUGAAGUAUUUCUACGAUAUAGUUACAAACAAAGUUUUAAGGGGUAGGAAAACUGACUACAUUUCUGUUAUUACAUGCCACUCCAAUAGAACAGAAAACCCUUUCUCUAGUGAAGACUCGUUCAAAAGCAUUGAAGUAGUUUCAAAUAAGAUUGCACCAACAUAUGAUGAUCUUCGAAAAUAUAAAGAACUACUUCGCCCAAAUAUGACAGAAAUAACCGAGGACGAAGGAGACUGCUUUGAAAGCAUGUUAGUAGGGAUUGGUCUUUUGAAAGAUACUCAAAAGCUUAAAUUUGUACGGAAUGUUGUGGUUAUAACCAAUGCAGAAUCUAAAAUUAAAUCAUUUGAGACAAAAGUUGCGGACGCAACUCGAAAUGCUAUCAAUGAGAUGAAUAUUAAUGUUGUACUCAAUGGAAUUGAUUUUGAUGUUGAUGGAUUAAAACAUCCUGGCAAGUCACCCGAGAAGGCUAAAAAUGAAUCUGGUUGGGCCUCGGCUUUCCAUACAUAUAAAACAAGCGAGGUUUACACUACAGCCCAAAUAGUAGAGUCUAUAUUACACAACCCACCGCUCAAGAAAGUUAAGCCAAUGAGAGCAUUUAAAGGACAAUUAAGAUUUGGGAGUGAUCAUUACAACAAGAAUGAAAAUUCUGAUUAUGUCCCAGAGUUGGAUCAAACGUGUAUUUCCUUGAACGUGGAACUUUACCCUGCUCUUAAGGCUGAAAAGCUAGCUAGCGGACAUCAAUAUACGAUAGAUCCUGAAGAUAACUCUGUUGAUAAAACCAAAUAUGUUAAAGAUUAUUUUAUUAAACUGGUCUCAUCUAAAGAUAAGGAUGAUGAGGAUGAUGAUGAAGUUAGGAAACGGCGAUAUGUCGAUGAUGAAGACAAAGAUAAUGACUUAGAAACCGUUUCUAUUGAUGCAAAUGAAUGGACUGAUGGAUUUAAAUAUUCAAAUUAUGAUCUUUUGACUCUUGAUGAAGAUUUGCUAAACUCGGCAAAGCUUGCUUCUGAUUCAGGCAUGGAUAUUCUAGGGUUCAUAAAAAUGGAUGAUUUGCCUUAUGCAUAUUUAACAGGUGAGUCGUACUAUUUGUUACCAGAAGCCUCAUGUUCAUAUAAGAACCUUGUUGGUUUUAAUGGCUUGUGCCAGUCUUUAGUUGAUCUUGAAGGUUUAGCAUUAAUAAGAUAUGUCCAAAAACCCAAUGAUGAGAUUAAAGUGUGUAUUUUAAUACCCUCAAAGAUAAAAGUAAAUGAAAGAUUUGUGUAUGCAUUUAUCUUGGUACGAUUACCAUUUAGGGAAGAUGAGAAGAUAGGAAAAUUUCCUUUGUUGACUUCUAUCAAGACUACUAGUGGGAAAUCCUUUACGUCAAAUAAUGAUUCGCCUGAUGACAACGCAAUAAAGCAAGAACAUGAUGAAGAGUCAUCGAAUGAAACAACUCUUCCAACCGCUGCUACUAAUAGCUUGAUGGAAUCAUUUAUAUUAUCUAGGGAUUUAGACAAAAAAGGAAAGGAAAAGGAUAAUGAAAGUAAUGACUCAGAUACAUUCUUUGUGGAAAAUAAUAAAGCGACUCUAUCUAAUGAUUCGUUAAUUACUUUCCCAAAGUUGUCUCAUUUUGGUGUCUCUUCUAGAUUGUUGGUAUCGUCGCCUGCAAUUCAUAAAUUCAAUCUAAAUAUCAAGAAGAUUAUCAUUAAAUCGUUGGAAGAUGGAAAUCUUCAUGAAUACUUAAACAAUCCAAAUUUUAUUCAAGACAAUCUAAUUUCUAACGAAAACGAUAGUUCUAGCCCCUCGACAAACCUAUUUAAUUUAUCUAAUGUAUUGAAAAUAAAUUCAACAACCAAUGAUGAGUGGCUAACAGAUCUCAACAAAAACUCUAAGAAUGCUGCAAAAAAGCUUAUAAAGGAGCUUGAUACAAAGUACAUAAAACAGGAAGAUGAAGCCAAAAAGAAGCGAAAAAUGCCAAAUAAUAAUAACCUAAAUGAUAUAUUUAUGAUGAAAAAUGCCCAGGGAAAUUACGGUGCUGGUGAAGGUGAUUAUGAGGCAUUGCCAGAUAUUAAUGAUCUAUUAAAUUAA